UAAUCCUAGAAUUUUUUUCAAUAUACUCCGUAACUUGUACCUAGACACUCGGAUUAUUAAAAAAAUAUAGUCAAGUCCCAUUAUUUCUCUAUAACCAUUAGAAAAUAAAUGAAAACACUUGCGAGAAUUGAUUAUAAAUUGAAAAAGUCUCCCCAGAUUUUCGUUUAUUAAUGUGAAGCUAAAAGAUAAUUCCUUUAAAAAAUUAAAUAUUUUAAUUAUCCAAGAUUUUAAAAAAUCAUUCAUAAGACGAUCGAGUCAUCCAAAAUUCCGUGGCAAUAAUCAUGCCGCUGAUUUUUCUGCAUAAUUAUAAUCAUAGAAUGAAUCCCCUGUGAAUAUUGAUACAAAAAUUCUAAAAUGCGGCAUUAUUUUAUAAAAAUGAUAAUUCAAAUUCCAAUGUCAAAGCGCGCGAAAUUCUAGAAUGCAUCUAGUUUUCCGGGGACUCCCCCGCAUUCUAGAAUUAUCGUUUUUUAAUAGAACUGUUCGAUCAAAGUAACGAGCAUUCAAUUUCCGCUUUACAAAGAACGGAAGUGAAAAUAAAAAAUCCAUUUUGUAUUUGACGGUAAGAGAAGUUCUCCCCAAAACCAACCAACGAUAAUAAAAAUAAAUUAACAAACUGGGUCAAGUGCCAGAAUCUGCAUCUGGGGAACGACAGUCUUGACAUUCUUAUCUCGUCUUUUGUUCUUUUCGAAAUAAAACAGCUGAUAAUUUGACAAGCGUUUAUUUGAAGGAUCAUGUGUUUCUAGAGUUCUUCCUUGGAAUUAUCUACCCGUAAAAGAAUGCCGUCAUACCGUCCCUGGGGCUCGACACCGGACGGCGCCAUUGAGUUCGAGUCCUUGACCACAGAAACUUUGCUGGGGGCCCUGGAGGUCUUGCGAGAAUCCUUCUUCACCGAUGAAAGCACAUGUCGAGGGGUCGAUAUUCUCUCGGAACCUGGGGCGACGGAGGAGCUUGAGAAGUUGAGUAUAAACGCGGCCCGCGACGGGGUCAGUGUCGUCGCCAUCGACGUAGCAACUGGAAAGGUCGUCGGUGUAUCAUUCAACAAGAUUCAGACGCAUCAAAAAUCUACAGAAAAAUCCCCCUUCGAGCUCUUCAGCGAGAGUUGCAAGUGCACAUCCUCGAAGGCUGUUGUGGAUUUAAUGCUCUCCAUAGACAACAAAGUAGAUUUAUUCAAGCACUACAACGUUGAUUGCAUCCUAGAAGUCAUGUUCUUAGCUACCUCGAGAUCCCACAGAGGCCAGCGAAUAGCUGAGCUCUUGGUGGCCUCUUCCAUUGAAAUCGCCAGACAACUGAAACGUGGAAAAGACGUGCAAACGCCCAUUGAAGUUGCCGGCACAGACGCCAUUACAAAUCCCAACUGCGUUCCCGGUUUGGUCUCCGCAAUAAUGUCCUCCAAUUACUCGCAAAAGCUCGCGGAGAAGUUGGGCUUUUAUUCUCACGCUGAGAUAAGCUUCGAGGACUAUGCUUUCAAUGGAAAAAAAAUUAGUGAACGAGUCAAUGAUAUACACAAGAGCUGGAAGCUUGUGGCUAAAAGUAUUUAGCGAGAUAUUUACGAAGAUAUUCAAAGGAUUUUAUUGUUUUCAACAGGAGAAUAGAAUUAUUCUAUUUUUCUAAACAAAUGUUCCCAUUUUCUUCUUGACUUUUAUAAAUGUUGUGUUAUAAUAAAGUGAAAUAAAUGUUUAUUUUUUUACGUUU